AUGUACUACAUCCCGGCUACGCCUCCGGAGAGAAAGAAUCCAGGAGGAUCGAUAUAUCAGGCUUAUAAGCGUCUGAAAAGCGUGAAACGUGAUCGAGAGCGAAGAGAACUUCAGCAUACGGCAAAACUAGUUGCUAAAGAAAACAACGCUAACCCUCAUGAAGCUGAACAGUCUGAAGCAAACAGGUGGCUUGCUCUCAAUAAUGCCCCUUGGGACACAGUGAUGAAAAUGUGGAAAAUGACAGAAACAUGUCGAUUUGAAGAUACAAAGACGCUGAAACCUGUUGAGAUUAUUGCGAAGUAUCGUCAUUACGCAGCUCCACUUGGAUAUCAAUUGAUUGAUCAAGACUACAAUUCACUUGGAUUUGUCGAAGGUGUUCAUAAAUGGACAGAACUGGUCAAGAAAUUAAAACCGUACUUUAUUCUCAAAGUACAUGACCAGUUCUCCGCCGCUAUACUUGAAUUUAUGAGUCACGAUCAAGCUACUGAAGACAUACUUGUAUGUUGUACUCUGAUGCUACUGAACUGCUGUGUGAAACCCUGCAAGAUCAACAAAAAUGUCCGGCCAACGAUACUCUCUGCCCAGGAAGAUACAUUGUUGUUUGCUGAAAACCUGGAAAGCGGUGUGGACCUUAUCCGUAAACUUAUCGAAACGUAUGCAGCACAAGGAGUUGCUGCUCACCCUAAAAUUUUGGCAAUUGGUUCAAGCUACAGAAAGCUUACUGGAGAAUUCUAUGUGAUAUUCAACCGUGUUCAGUACAAAGUUGAUUCAGCUGCUCGUGCGGUAGAUAUUAUGAUCAAGAUGUGUAACGUUAUGAAUCAACCAUUUUCGAAGGUUACAAAACUCGUGUGGUACACCGUUGAAGAAGUCCUGUAUGAUAUUCGCGCACCCGCUCAAUACAAAGAAAUCGAAUCCAUCAACAAACUUCUGAAAUGA